GCAGCAGAACGAAUGCACGUGCAUCUUAUGAAAGACUAAAAAAUGUAAACGAAAAUUUUGUAAAGGUUUUGUAAACUUGUGCGCGGAAAGUGUUCUCUCCUUUAGGCUCCUGUGCCUUAAAGUAAAGCAAGACUAAGAUAAGACUGUGGUAAAUCCGAAAAUAGAAUGCGAUACUUCCCAUAAGAUAAGGCUUUGGUGUUGUUUGGGAUCGUGCAAUCAAAAACUCUCCUUGCMAUUUUGGGGUAAUGCAGRGUGGCAGUGGAAGUCAGCCCCUCUAAUUGCGUAAGACAGAAGAGAAAGGUCAAAUAUCGUCCUAGAAUAAUUUACACGUAUGUAGCUAUCGCCUCUAGGGGAGUGAGAAAGCGAAAGGCUCUUGUUUUGCCCCUUCCCMACCCACCCUCCUCCCCUUGAGCCGCAACGCAGACUAAACUAAAAACUGAUUGCUUUUUAACAUGUCUACGGAAAUGUGACACUUCAGAUCUCGGGCAUACCAGCUCGUAGUUCGUCCUCAGGAGUGAUGCUAUUUAUCUCGAAUUAACGCAGUUGUAGUGAGACUAAGGCAUUAGAAUGUUCUAGUAAAACGAUGUUASUGCAAUACUGCAUAUGGGAUAAACAUGGCGAGGAUAUCUCGAAUAAGUACGCACCAUGCCGUCACACGGAACGUGUCUUAGCUAGAGUUUAGAAGGCUAAAAGUGUUGUUUAAUCGACAGAUGCCUUUCACCAAAACGUUUAUUUGUUAUUCAUUCAAGGGCGGGGGAAACUUAGAAACUGUAUCUUUUUCUUGCCCUUACUUAAGUGUUUUAUCAAUUAUUAUGUGAACAGUAGAUAGUUGGAUAAACUUCUUUUGCUAAGUCGUCGUACAAUGUGAUCUUUGAUUUGACUUGAUAAAUGAAGUUAUGGAGUAAAGAGUGAAUGGAGGAAAAAAUGAAAAAAAAAACGAUUGUUGUAAAAAUCGAUUAAUGAUUAAGCGAAAAAACCUCGCUUUAUUUAUAUGAAGCAAUUAGCUUUUUAUUGAAAGCACGUGUAGUUACUAAGUGAAUGAAAAACGCAGACUUCUUCCUUGUCAGUAUCCGUAUCCCGCAUCAGUUCCCCUCUACGAUUAAAACCUCACCUUUCCUUCUUGGUAACUGACAGUCAUCACCAAAUAAGCAGUUUUAAAAGGACAUGGAUCAAGAUCGAGCCACUUACAAUAAACACUGGUAUAAGAUAACGUCCCAGGUCACUCCACUCUACACGUCAUUCAAUGUUGGCCACAGUCCAGCAACCUUCGCUCGUACGGAAAAUUCCCAAAAUUUGUUGAGCUCAGUAGCCAAGUUCGGCCGAGAUCGAUAGAGUUUGAAAAGGCCUCGUGAUCAAACGCCAUGAAACUUUUUGGUUGGAUUUGCUUGCUGUUUGUCGUUUGUUUUGCGUUUGCGGAGGUCGGGGGGACCUYGAGCAGUACACAGCAAGUUCAAAACAAAGUGAAACUGGUCGACAUUUCAAGAAAGGAAAACCAAGUCGCAACACAUCGACUCAACAAGAACCGUCGAAAGCCGACUCGUCGUGAGCGCUGCUGUCAUCUUGGACGUCGAAUGGCGAAGAUCGGCGAAAAGUGUCAGUAUUCCAACACAGUAGCUUCCCUUCGACCGAACUACGAACAUUAUCACAAACUGAAGACUAAAAUCUGGGUCGUCAGUGCAGACAAGCCCAUCAUCAAGGCCCGCCUUCUCCGAAAGUGCAAGCGCUAUAAGGCGUUUUAUGAGAAAUGCUGCAAAUACGAGUCCAGAUUGAUCGAUCAAGACCUCAAGCGCAUGAUCAAAAGAUUGAGGAAAUUUCUGAGGAAGAUUAAAACAGGCAGAAAACGAUCGAAAAUCGGCAAAACUGCGUCUCUUUCUAAAAGCAGCGGUAAAUCAUAAAAAAGCAUGACAUGACAAAGUGACAAACUGAUCGCUAGCAAUUUAUAUUGACCAGUAACAGAUUUAUAUCGAGUUUGAUGAUUGCAAACGCUUCAGCUAGUGUAUUUUUGUUGAAGCCAACAUCGAUUAUCAGGAUAAUAUAAUCAGUAAGUUUAUAUAUUUCAUCAUCAUAUUA